AUGGAGCAAAUUUUGGAAGCCGUCCGUACGAACGCCGAUCACCUGACUGGUAUGUUCAAACCCAAGGAGCAGGCAAAGCGUAGAAGCAGCAUUAUAGAAGCAUUGUUCGCGCGGCAUGCAGAAAUAUUCGCAAAAAUGGACUUGGAUGAAAAUGGUAUGCCCAGGCCUGAUGCGACUACGCCUUCUGUAGCUAGGCGUGCUGUGCCCAUCACUCAUGUGGCUACUGCUCCUGUUGUUGCUUCUGCUGUACCAACUUAUCCUGUGGCUACCUCCGCUACGACCUACCCUACCGUAGCUGCCCCUACAGUGGCUUUCCCUUCUUUGGCUGUCCCUACUAUGGAUGUCCCUACUGUAGCCGUCCCUGUUGUAGCUACCGGAAACAUCACGAAUACGAACCAUCCUCGAAUAGCAAAACGACGGAAUGAUGAGGAGAUCGUCGUCUCGGAGAGAGAAAGCAAGCUCAAGACAGCAAAGCAUCGAGCUUUACGACAGCAACAACGACACAUGUUGGUAACCAAGAAUCGUAUAGAACAUCAUCGAGCACAGAGGGCUCAGGGGUUUCGCGUUCAUGGACCAGAGGAUGAGACCGAAUCUUUGCAUCCCCAAUCAGCGGAUUCGCUGGAUGCCGAUCCGAAACCCUCUCAAGACAUGUCCUUUUAUGAAAACCAAACAUAUAAAGAGAGCCAUGCCUAUGUUCAGGAACGGCUUACGAAUAUCCUCGGUGCAGAGCGAAUGAAUUUCCAGCUGCUCCCUUCAGGCCACAAUCCCAUUGACCCUAUCAUCGCCGAACACAACCAGCGAACAAUCACAAAUAGUAUACUUGACCAGUGGGAAGCCCACAAGGUUGAAAUGCGUCGUCAGGAGGAGGAGCAAAAGCGCCAAGCCCAUGAAGAAGAGGUUAGGAGAUUCAAGAUACAGACUCUCCUCGAUCACUACCGCCAACUAUACAUUAAUCGGUUGGAACAGCUAGCUCUCUAUGGUCGUGAUCUUGAAAUGGGUAUUGGAUACAUCGAAGCUGCUCUAAUGGCCGGUGGCCUUUGUGAGGCGGCCAACGUUAUGCAAGACAUGACGCAUCAGGUCCUUCUUCCCAUCCAUACCCUGCUACAGAAAUGCGACAAAGAGAUACCACUGGAAGAAGCUGGUGCUGGAAAGUUGAAGAGCGUGUGGCCAAUAGAUGGUAUUAUGGCAGUGUUCGAGUAUCUGCAGGGCGAGCCUUACCUUCCGCCCCAAGCUAUUGAUAUGAUGCAGGGGAUUCAGGUCAUUUGCACAGCGCUCAACAAUCCGACGCCUUUCCAGAAUCCACUUGAUCCCAAGCCGGUUUUAAACAAUGCCCCCAAACCAUCUUUCAACAAUAACUCGAAUUUCCAACAUACUUCACACCAAAUUAUUCCUGCAGCAAAGCCUUCUCCUUCUAAAGGGCUUUCAGUCAUCGGCGCUGCAUCAGCACCUGCUGGCAGCGGAUUUUCCAAGCUUCUUGCGGCGACUGCUCAGAGUGUCAAUCAGGAACAAAAUAGAGAGCCAGGCUCUACAAGUAGUGGCUUCGCGAAACUCCUUGCUGCCACCGCCGAGAAGGCGAACAGCACCCAAGAAGCGAGUUCUGGCACUGCUCCGAACGUCUCUCCGAAUACCACCCUCGAGACCGACCUAUCACCAGCUCACGCAGCCCGAACGACAGUACUACAGUACAUCGCCACCGAAAAUCUCUACUUCGCAAGCGAAGUCCAAGACCUCAUUAGGAAUAACACUGUCGUGGGCAUCCACCGCCGCCAGGCCUCCGAAUACCUCAAGGAGCUUAUUGGGCUAGCCAACGGCGAAGAAGGUUUCCUCGGAGAGAUGGAUGCCGGCAGCUAUAGGAUGCAAAUCGAGACGUGUGUUACCAAGAUCAAUACUCUACCGACCAACCCGCGACUCAACAGGGAUACGCAGGCGCUCAAGAAGUUGUGCGGAAUCGCUUUGAAGCUUUGGAGUGUGCAUGCGAAGUAA